AUGAUAUUUCUAUCCAUUGUGAUAACAGUAUGUCUGUUGUAUGCUCAUACGGUGACAUGUCUCUAUUGCGUCAAACAUACAUCAAGACAUGGUGGAUACAGUGCGCUAGACACAUGCAAAAUCAACAAGAAUCGACCUAUAGCAGCAGCAGCUUUAUCCAACAAGAUGGACACUUCCACACAGCAAAACAACUUGACAUUUGACUUGACUUGUAAGGCAAGUGCGUCUGAAUGCCAAGGUGUGAGCGCAACAUUAUUCAAGGCAACGGAUAUUAUUUCUGAUGUAUUUCAGUUCGAAACGCCUUUGGUCAUCAAUGCAUCCUAUGUCAGUUUCUGUCAAGAGUACCAAGAUUGCCAUCAUGAUGCGAAAUAUGCCUCUAUUGGUCAAGCAUAUCCAUCGAUAUCCUAUGUCAUGACGGAUAACACUGAUAAAAUGACUCGCUUGUAUCCGCAACCACUACUCAAACAAUAUACAAACAUGAGUGUGAAACCAUCUUGGACGCAAUACGACAUUGAAGCACAAUUUAAUAACGAAAUCAAUUGGUAUUUUGUGAACAACGACGAUCCCAUUCAAAGCUCACAAACUGAUUUUUUACGAAAUGUGAUUCAUGAAUUGAUCCACGGCCUCGGUUUCAUGACAUCCUGGAGCGACGAUUUCUAUGAGGCGAUUUUGCCGCUUUUCGAUAGUGGCAAAUUAGAGCAUUUUAUCACACCCACAUUACUAGCACAGACCAGUAAUCACCAACUCAUGUCAGACUACAGCUCCAAUCAACCAUUUUGGGGCUUUGUCGAAUUUCCCUUUGAUAAAUAUAUACAUUACAAAAGCAACACCACCAAUAAUUACACCUCUUUUGCAAGCAUCACACAGCAACUCAACCAUUUCAGUAGCUCCAAUACUACCUUUCGCAAUAUGGUCGAUUUAGCCAACGCAUGGUAUAAUUCGGACGAAUAUACAUUUUCCAAACGAUUGUACACAAAAACGGUGACUUUUUUAGAUGUCUUGGCAGUAAUCGAUAAUGAACCACUGCUAUUCCUUGAAACAUCAGUCAACCCAUUCUCAUCGGGCUCCUCUUUGUGUCACGUUGAUCAAUCUCAAUACUUGAAUACAACUGAAUAUCUGAUGGUGUAUCUGGCAAAUGCAGGUGUCGGCAUUACUCAGCUGGAUCAAGUGUUUCCUCAGGGCCCUGUUGGUCCUAAACUGCUCAAGGUGAUGGCGACAUUAGGUUACAAGGUCAAGAACAACAACAAUACCGACAGACCUUCUCUCAGCUACUGGACACCUCCACAGGGCCUGGUCGGCACUGAUUCCAAUCCUUCACCGUCGCUUUCCGUUGUUACAGCGGGUCCUGCUCGAAUGCCCACUUCAUCAUACACCACAUCCACUGGGGGGUCCACAUCCACAAAUCAAUCCAAAUCAUCCUCCUCGCCCGCGGCAAUACCACAGUAUUGGCAUCCACUCUUACUCUGUAUCAUCACUACUACUUUAUCCCUGUGUAUAUAA